AUGAUACACGUAAUGCUCCAAUGCAAUGGAGUAGCAAAACAACGCGCAACACACCUUGGCUCCUCACCAACAAUCCAUAAAGCAAUCGGCGUCCUGGGCGUCCUGCUAAGCCUCUGGAGUGAGUUCGGCUGGCUGGAGCGAUCCAGCGCACUGCGGCCACACGAACAACGGAUGGUUCUGGCCAACCAAAACGUGAACAACGUGAGCAAAUGGCACGAUGAAUACCACAGGAGUCCUCGCAAUCUGCUGCGCCAUUGGGCUCCGGUGAAUCCGCAGGAGGCCACCGCCGACUUCUGGGCGGGCGAGGCGCGCGCGGCCAUCGCGGCGCGGCGGCCGCUGGCGCGCGGCGGCGGCGCGGCGCGCAACGUGGUGCUGUUCCUGGGCGACGGCAUGUCCGUGCCCACGCUGGCGGCCGCGCGCGCGCUGCUGGGCCAGCGCGCCGGCCGCCCGGGCGAGGAGGCGCAGCUGGCCUUCGAGGCCUUCCCCAGCGUCGGCCUGGCCAAGACAUACUGCGUGGACUCUCAAAUCCCGGACUCGGCGUGCACGGCUACGGCCUACCUGUGCGGCGUCAAGACCAACCUGGGCACCAUCGGCGUCACGGCUGCCGUGCCGCGCCGCGACUGCGCCGCGUCCGCCGAGCGCGCCGCGCACGUGCAGUCCAUCGCGGCCUGGGCGCUGCAGGACGGGCGCGACGCCGGCAUCGUGACGACGACGCGCGUCACGCACGCGUCGCCCAGCGGCGCCUACGCACACGUCGCUGACCGCGACUGGGAGAGCGACGCGGACGUCCGGGCCGACGGCCACGACCCGGAGCAGUGUCCCGACAUCGCUUACCAACUCGUGCACUCCUACCCUGGGAAUCAGUUUAAGGUUAUUCUAGGCGGAGGACGACGCGAGUUCCUGCCGGAAGACACCGUAGACGAGGAGGGCACGCGUGGCCGGCGGCGAGACGGGCGCCGGCUCAUCGACGAGUGGCGGGCGGACAAGGUCGCGCGCAACGCGAGCCACCAGUAUGUGUGGCACCGCGACCAGCUGCUGGCCGCCAGCGCCUCGCCGCCGGAGUACCUGCUGGGCCUGUUCGAGGGCAGCCACCUGCAGUAUCACCUGGAGGCCGAUGCGCAGUCGGAGCCGACGCUGGCGGAGCUGACGGAGGCCGCGAUCCGCGCGCUCGGCCGCAACGAGAAGGGCUUCUUCCUGUUCGUGGAGGGCGGCCGCAUCGACCACGCGCACCACGACAACCAGCCGGCGCUGGCGCUGGACGAGACCAUCGAGCUGAGCGCGGCCGUGGCGCGCGCCGCCGCGCUGCUGGACGAGGCCGACUCGCUGCUGGUGGUGACGGCCGACCACGCGCACGUCAUGGCCUUCAAUGGCUACACGCACCGCGGCGGCGACAUCCUCGGCCCCUCGGACGACGUCGGCGACGACGGCGCGCCCUACAUGACGCUGUCUUACACCAACGGGCCCGGCCAUCGCGUACACGCGGGAGAUCGACGACCGGACGUCACGCAGGACGCAGACUAUCGGUCGGCGCGGUGGCGCAGUCACGCCGACGUGCCGCUGGCGUCCGAGACGCACGGCGGCGAGGACGUGGGCGUGUUCGCGCGCGGGCCGCAGGCGAGCAUGUUCACGGGCGUGUUCGAGCAGAGCCAGCUGCCGCACCUAAUGGCGUACGCCGCGUGCCUGGGCCCCGGCCCGCGCGCGUGCGAGUCUGCCGCCUGA